UUGUCUGCAGCUCGUAUAAUAUAUAAUACCUCUUUUCUCAUUGCUUUAUCUCGAUUGUUGCGAAAAAAACACAUACACCUAGAUACUGAUAUAAAGACAUACCUUCUCAUCUCUCUCUCUCUCUCUCUCGGAAUAUGAGGAGGAACUGCAAUUUGGAACUCCGCCUUGUGCCGCCGUCACCAUACCUUUUCUCGGAUCACAACCAUCAUGGUCAAGAAAAAACCAGUGAGGAACUGGAUACGGUGGGUGAGGAUUCAAAGGAAAGGCAGAAGCUAACAAUCUUUUAUGACGGAAAAGUCAGCGUUUGUGACGUCACUGAGCUUCAGGCAAGGACUAUAAUAAAGGUAGCAAGCGAACAAAUGGAGGAAAAAUGGAGGAGAACACAGAACUUUACCACUUCUUUGGAGCCAUCUUCGCCUUUGAUAUCGCCUCCUGUGUGUAGCCCAGGUGGGCUUUCCAUGAAGAGAUCUUUACAGAGGUUCCUUCAAAAGAGAAAGCACAGGAUUCAAGCAACUUCUCCAUACCAUUAAUCUCUAGCUAGCUUUUAUGUACGUCUUACCAUG